AUGAACUCAACUUCAAUUUUACCCGCCGCUUCAACCGAUAGUUCAAGUCUGUAUUCGUCAAACUCCAUAGUAAGUUCUACUAGUAUUGCAAGUUCAAGUAGAUUCUCACCGAGAUCAAAUUCAACAACUGAUUUAUUCGAAAUUCCUUUAUCAGUGACACUUACGAAAAAAUCAAGUAACAGUAAUAAUGCUUGCUUCAAUUAUAUUAAUCCUAAUUUGAAAAGAAGAAAUACAGUAGGUCAUCAUUAUCAACAGAAGUCUACUCAAAAUUCGAUCUCUUAUAAUGAUUACAUCUUUCGUACCAUCCCUGAACUUGAUAAUUUAGGAAGAUACGGUAUGAGGCAUUCAAAUAUUACAAGAUCUGAAAGCGUAUCGUAUAAUAGAAAUUGUCAACCUAUAAACCAACUCCCAACUAUACCAGUAUUGAAUGUAAACAAUAAUCAGAUAUCAAAUCAUGAUCUUAAAACUUUAGCAAAAUCAUCUGCCCAACAAAAUCUUUCACUGCAUUUAAAACUCCCCCAGCCUCUUCCUCCCGUCCAAUCUACUCAUUCAAAUAAUAAUCACAGUAAUAAUAAUAACCAAGAUAAUAAUAAUAAUAAUAAUAAUAAUUCAUAUUCUAAGUCUCGUUCACGUCAUCGUUCUCAUAAAUCAUCCGGGUCAAAUAGCAGACCCUAUUCUAAUCAACUAUCGGCUAUUCCUGAAAGGAGAAGUUAUCAAAGUCAAAACAAUUUACAUAGACAGUAUAUUAAUCAUCCACACUUCCAAAAUAGAACCUUCCAUCCAAAGAAUGAAUUAUCACCAUAUCAAUUGCAGAAAAUACAGAUGAGACAACCUUUCACAUUUGCAAAUGGGGAAGUUUUCACUCCAAAGUAUCAAUUAAAAAGAUCUAGAUCCUGCACUACUCAGCGUUUUGGCUCCGCCUCUAAUAAAUGUUUUAAGUUGGAUAAUACUGUUGUCACUACAACUAUUAUAGAAAAAGUUGCGGUAAAACCAAAUGAAUCCACAAUAAAGAGAUCGAAAUCCACGUCAAAAUUUGGCGCAUUCUUUAAAAAAUUUCUCCCCUCAUCAUCUUCCAAAACCUCACUUUCCACACUGACUUCUUCUUCCUCUUCUUCUUCCACUCCUUCUUCUCCAACACCAGUAUCAGGAGUAAUGGAUGCACAACCUUCCUCUCCUCCAUCCUCUUUGAUGCAUGCAAGACAUGACCAAGAUAAAGUGUUUUCGACAAGUUCAUCUCUAGAGUCAGCUUCAUCAAUAAGUACAGUUGAAACAAUCGUUCAACCAAAUGUGAAACAACCAAAAGCAAAUCCUGAUUUUGAAUUGAUCGAAAAGAUGAACAAGUUAGUCAUUUCAGAAAAUCAAACUGUUAUGGACAAGAAAACUUUACAGACAUCUUCAAGAAAAAGUAAUACAUGUGUAGGUGCGCUGGAUGCUUCUAGCACUACGGCAGACUGUGAAGAUCUUAAAGCCGUCAGAUUUUCUGAUAAGGUUCAUGUUCAUGAAACUUUCUCCUUUUCAGACUAUGAAAGAACUGGCUCUGUUACAAAUAUAAAUAAAAAGGAUACAUUUUAUGAUAAAGCUAACUCCUUCAAGAUUAGAGAAAUUAGGGAUGAAGUCAAUCAAUACAAAAGAAAUGAAAUGAUGGUUCAUGUCGAUAGCGUCAAAUAUACUCAUUUUUUUAGAUAA